GGCCGGCGCCGGGGGGGCCGGGAGGGAAGGACCCCCACCGCGUGGAGGCAGCCCGCCGCCGGACAAAAGCAUGGUGGAUGUGAAGGCGGCGUCAGGAAGAACACCGGCGGAGACCUGCGGCAGCCUGGCAAGGAGCAUCGGCAGCCGGCACAUGUUGCAACAAACUCGGUGAGAGGAAGGCAGAGGCGCAGUCUCUUGGCAUGGAUGAAACUUAGGCCAGCGCAGCUCCAGUUCAGUGACCAUAUGAGAAAUGAGUGUUGGACGCAGAAGAUUAAAACUGCUGGGAAUUCUGAUGAUGGUAAACAUUUUUAUUUAUGUGAUUGUGGAAGUCUCAAAAAGCAGCAGCCAAGAGAAGAAUGCGAAAGGCCGUGUUAUUAUACCACGCAGCAAAUUCUGGAGAAAAUACACUCCUCACAAAGCUUAUUGGAACAGACAGCAACAGAAACUUGAGCUGCUGUACAACCCUAUUCUGACCUUGCUCUCCAAUAUGACUGUGGAAGAGAACUUGGUUUCUAACUCGAGUGUUCUCAGUUCCUGUGAUCCUGACCCAUGGGUACAUUCAGAGGUUAGUGACUUUGCAACCUUGCCAGACAGAUUCAAAGACUUUCUACUUUAUUUGAGGUGUAGAAAUUACUCAUUAUUAAUGGAUCAGCCAAACAAGUGCAAACAUAAACCAUUUCUGCUGCUGGCUAUUAAGUCGCUUACACCCCAUUUUGAUAGAAGGCAAGCAAUUAGGGAAUCCUGGGGGAAGGAAAUACAAUCAGGGGAUGUGACAGUCAAAAGGGUCUUCUUACUUGGACAGACCCCACCAGAGGAUAAUUUCCCUGAUCUUUCAGGCAUGAUAAAAUUUGAGAGUGAAACCCACCAAGACAUUCUCCUCUGGAACUACCGAGACACUUUCUUCAACUUAACUCUGAAAGAGGUGCUGUUUCUCAAGUGGGUCAGCAGCAGUUGUGCAGAUGUCCAGUUUAUUUUUAAGGGCGAUGAUGAUGUUUUUGUGAAUACCAAUCAGAUCCUGGAUUACUUGAAGAGCUUAUCAAAGGAAAAAGCCAAAGACUUAUUUAUAGGUGAUGUGAUCAAAGAUGCUGGACCUCAUAGAGAAAAAAAAUUGAAGUACUACAUCCCAGAAAGUGUUUAUGAAGGUUCGUAUCCUCCAUACGCAGGGGGUGGUGGGUUUCUGUACUCUGGUGAUCUGGCAUUAAGACUGAACAAUGCAUCAGACCAGGUACUCCUUUACCCUAUUGAUGAUGUUUAUACUGGAAUGUGCCUUCAGAAGCUUGGGCUUGCUCCGGAAAAACACAAAGGCUUCAAAACAUUUGACAUCGAAGAGAAAUACAGAAAUAACAUAUGUUCCUACACAAACUUAAUGUUAGUACACAGUAGAAAACCUCAAGAAAUGAUUAAGAUUUGGACACGCUUGCAAGAUCCACACUUAAGUUGUUGAAGUAAUGUGCAUAAAUGUCAUAAGUCAAAAUAAGCUUCCAAGUUGGGGUCUGACUUUCUGGGUGGACCACUGAAGCUCUGUUUAAUUUUAUCUGGAAACUUUUUUCCAUACUUCUGAAAAUGAGUAUAAUAGUAAAAUUUGAGGGGAUGGCUUGAAGACUUGGUCCUGACUUUUCCACUGCUCUGGUGGUCAUUAUGUUUCAAUAUUUGUCUUAAUUUUACAAAGGACUUCAAGUAUGUAACUAGCUGUCAGUGACUGGUUAGCUGUAUUGGAAACAGGGAUUACCUACUACAAUGCAUCUUUCAUUAAUUGUGAUGGUGGAAGAUAAAUUUUUUUCCUUGAGUAGUGUUUGUGUGUGGAAACCACUGUAAAUUGAAAAUUCACAAAUUGGAGGAAUGUAGUUUUACUUUAUGAAACACUCUCAUAAGACUUUAACUAUUGAAUUAUUUAAUUUAUAGUUUUCAGGUUUUUUGCACCCUGGAACAGUAUUUUAUCCUUCCCUUUUGUGCAAAGCGUGCCUAUGUCUAAAGGAUUUACCCUUUUAUUAACUAGAUGCUUUUUUCUACCCAAAAAAAAAAAAAAAAAAACAAACCAAAAAAAAAAAAAAAAAAAAAAAAAAACCCAAACAUAAUACUCCUUGAAACAUCACAUAAAAGAGCUGAAUAUAUAAGGAGAAAGAAGAAAUCUUGUUUUGGGCUGGGCAGUAGGUUUAGUUAGGUCUGCCCCCUAAACCAGGCUUGUGUGGGGUAAAGCUGACUUUGUUACUCAUGUUGUUUAUGUGAAAAGCUACUCUGGUCAGUCCUUGUUUUUUUUGUUUUGGCACUAAAUGUGAUCAGGUAGCUUAAUUUGAUGCAAAUAACUGAAAUUGCACAUUGCUUACGAGAGCGUGGUUUGGCUCUCCUAUCAAGCAGUAGCAAAUCUAGAAUUGUGCAGAUCCUAAGAGUUUCAAAUCUUGAAACACACUUUGAAGUUGCAUGAUGCCUCAUGUAGAGUUAAACAUGUUCUCAAAACUCAAAAUUCUCUUCUGUAUUUCCACAUCUUGCUUAUAAGAGUUAUUCUAAAUAGUGGUUGCUUCCUUUGUAUAUGUAGAAGUGCCUGUCUAUUUAUUGUUCAGAUUGAAGACCAAAACAUUUUCUUAAAUAUAUUUUGUGUAACAUUUUAUUUGUAUAGUGUUGUCACUCAGAUAUUUAAAUAGAGCAUGGUAUUUUAAAUCUGUGAGAUGUGUAACAUGUUAAAUAAAGCUAAUUGUUAUUUUUGAAUUUGAAAAAUAAAAUGUGAUUUGAAUA